CCAAAAACAGCGCGGGAAACGGUGUUUUGGUGGGAGAGUGAAAAGAAAGCGCGUCGUUCGCUGAGUGGUCUUUUAGUUGUGAGUAACAGCAUGAAGGUGAUAACGUGCGAGAUUGCCUGGCACAACAAGGAGCCAGUAUAUAGUCUGGAUUUCCAACAGAACGCAGAUGGCAAGAUUGAUCGCUUGGCCACUGCUGGAGUGGACACCACUGUGCGGAUGUGGCGUGUGGACAGGGGGCCAGAUGGAAAAGCUGUUGUAGAGUUCCUGUCAAAUUUGGCAAGACACACGAAAGCAGUGAACGUAGUGCGCUUCUCCCCUGCCUCAGACCUCCUGGCCUCAGGGGGAGAUGAUGCAGCUAUCUUACUUUGGAAGCUGAAUGACAGUAAAGAGCCUGAACAGGCCCCAGCUUUCCAGGAGGAUGAGGAUGCUCAGCUUAAUAAGGAAAGCUGGAAUGUAGUGAAGACUCUCAGGGGACACAUUGAGGAUGUCUAUGACAUCUCAUGGACCAGCGAUGGGAAUUUUCUUGUUUCUGGUUCUGUGGACAACACUGCCAUCAUGUGGGAUGUCCAAAAAGGUCAGAAAAUGUGCAUCUUCAAUGACCAUAAGAGCUAUGUGCAGGGUGUGGCCUGGGACCCACUUGGCCAGUACAUCAGUACGCUAAGCUGUGAUAGGGUAAUGCGUGUGUACAGCACACAUGCCAAAAAAAAGGCCUACAGUGUGAGUAAAAUGACCUCAGGCUCUGCUGUGGAAGGAGAGGUGAAAAACUACAGGAUGUUCCAUGAUGACGGUAUGAGAUCCUUCUUCAGGCGUCUCACUUUUACCCCUGAUGGAUCCUUCCUCCUUGCACCUGCUGGGUGUGUGGAGGCUGGAGAAAACGUCACAAACACCACCUAUGUUUUUUCCAGAAAGAGCUUCAAAAGACCAAUAGCUCAUUUGCCUUGCCCUGCUAAAGCCACCUUAGCUGUACGUUGCUGCCCUGUCUACUUUGAACUUAGGACAAAGAAAGCAGAAGAUGGAUCACUGCAGCCACUGCCCAACACGUUCAAGCUGCCCUACCGGCUGGUGUUUGCUGUGGCAUCUGAAGACUCCAUCUUUUUCUAUGACACUCAGCAGGCACUGCCGUUUGGUUAUGCGUCCAAUAUACACUAUCACACCCUCAGUGACCUCAGCUGGUCUCGGGAUGGCUCUUUCCUGGCUGUGUCGUCCACAGAUGGCUACUGUUCUUUUGUAUCCUUUGAUGAGCGGGAGCUUGGUACCCCUCUUAAGGAGCGUCCUCCACUGGAUAUCAUCACCCCGGUCAGUGCCAGUGAGAAGAAGGGCAAGAGAACCCCAGCUACUGGACGAACCUCUUCUCCCGUGCCUCGCCCCACCCCCAUGCCUGUCACUCAGGAGAAAGAAAAAGAGGCUUCAUCAGCCUCUGUGCCAUCAAAGAUUCCUGGUGCCCCUGUCCCAGAAGAGAAACGUACUCCGCUUGGCCUCAAAGCCAAACCUCAGCCCAGAAGAAUUACACUCAAUACUCUGGAGGGCUGGAGCAAACCCAGCACGCCAAAAUCUCCUGCAAUCAUCACAGGAGCUCCUACCAGCAGUACCAGUAUGCCCAAGUCUGCUCCUUCCACCCCUCUAUCCAGUCAUGGAUCUACCACACCCAAAACAGCCCCUAGCACCCCCCUUGGACCAGUCAAUGUCAAAAACACCACAACACCUAAGGGACCCACUCCCAGGCGAAUUUCUCUGAUGCCAGUUCGCUCAAUCACUUCAUCCCCCACUGAGAAAGCCAAACACGAGAGACCAUCUCCUCCCAAUGACCCAGUGUGCAAACCUCCUGAAUCCAAGCGUCCCAAGACCAAUGAAACUCCAGCACACAAUGAUGGCACCAGCACCUCUGCCCAAAGCAGUGAGCCCUCAGUGGACAGCAAGCCCACAGAUCCUUAAGUAGCAUGGACCAGCAACAAGGCUUCCCUAUGCUUGCAUCCAAGUAUGCCCAAGAAGUUCUGGAUACUAGCACAAAGUAUAUGUGUGUGAACUCCUGUAGAUGCAUGAAGCUGGACAUAAAUUUCAGAUCCACUCACCAGUGUUCUAAUGCCCAUAAAAGACAUAUGCAAAACAUGUAUGUCAUCCAAGAUCAUCUGGUUGUCUCUCCCCCAAGCUUCUUAAGCAGAUUGUAUAUUAUUGUUUCCAAAGAUAUUCUGUAAAAUAUGCUAAUAGGACCAGCUUUGGUACUGAGUUAUUGAGAUGGACAAGAUUUUGCCUGGAAUUUCUUGGUUAGCCUGUUUCAACCACAUGCUCAGAUAGUUGUCUUCGGUUAUUUCUUUGCCCUGUUUAUAGCUCUUGUUGGUGCCACCAACUAAACUGCUCAUAUAUAAUUCGUGAGAAAAUGCUGAUUAGUCUGUACUGAAAGUGAACAGAGACAAACACAUGAUGUGACUGUGGGGCCAAGCAAACCAUAGAAGGGAACAAAGUGGAAGUAUGUAGGUUUCAUAAUGGUCUAGUUAGAUUUAGGCUUGAACAGGAUUAACAAUGAAAUGACAUUUUUGUACUUGAACUUUCAGGUUCUAAUUACGGAAGUUAUUUAGUAUUAAAGUUUAACUGAGACAGUAAAUCACAAUCUAAUGUAAGCCACAGGAACCCAAAAAGGAGCAAAAUAUGCCCAUGUAAAUUGAAAUUACCACUCUUCACAUUCAGACUUUAAGAAGCUGUUUCCCUGUGCAUGUGUGUGGUCGGUCUGUUUCUGGAAAGAGGAGUAAUAGGGGCUAUAAAAUUUUGUAUGACACUCUUUUGUGGGGUUUGAACAUUUCACUUCUUAAAAGGAUUCAGUGUGCUCAAGACACCAAAUUAUCAUUUGGUGGUUAUGUUGUAUGACAGGAUUAGUGAGUAAACUAGACCAAAAUCUGAUAAUUAUCUGACAAUUGUUAUUUUUGAAUAUUAACCUUGAGAAUAAGAGUGGAUGUACAGAAGGUUAUUUCAAGCAUACAUGGAAGUGCUUUUUCAGUGACAUUGGAAACCAUGCAGUUCAGUUUAUUUAUGUGGAAAGUGCCCUGAUUUUCAGUAGCACUGCUGUGGAGUGUUUCCUAGUUCACACUCACACUUCUUGCAAGGUACAAGCCUGUUCUGUUAGCUCUCAACACUAGAACCAAACCAGUGUCUCGUCAAUUUCAAAGAAAAUGUUAUCCAUCUCUGAGCAGAAAUUUGAGUGUAUACAACUCGCUUUGGAAUUGAGACUGGUCUAUGUUGUCUUGCUUUCAGAAUGGAUAAAACCUGUAAGAAAUUGGAGCUCUGUUAAUUGGCCUGUAUGAGUCAUAUAGUGUGAUUUGGUACAAUUUUCUGCACAGCUACACUUUUAAAAGCAUGCAUAAAAUGAAUGUCAUCCCUUUUGCAAGUUUUGUGUUUUAAAAAAUGUUUUCAACUUAUGAGUAUUAAAACUUGGUAUUCUGCUGUAA